AUGGAUUUGGAGUCCAACUCGCAACCCCUCAAGCCGCCUCUGACGGAUCAGAAUGUGCAAGAUGCGCAGGAUCUCGCUGCUCUGGGUCAUUCCCAGGCCCUGACCCGCAAGUUUGAUAUGUGGAGUAUGCUUGCGCUGGCAUUCUGUGUUCUUGGAACAUAUUCAACUUUCGCCCAGGAUCUCAGCAGCGGUUUGACCAAUGGCGGUGCUAUCACGAUUCUCUGGGGCCUCGUGCUGGUCACUGUGUGCAACCUUUGUGUUGCCCUCUCGCUGGGCGAGUUGACUAGCAGUAUGCCAACGGCUCUUGGUCAGGCUUAUUGGGUGUAUCGUCUUUGGAAUACACCGCUUGGCCGUUUUGUUUCUUAUAUGUGCGCGUGGAUCAACACCUUUGGAUGGUGGACUUUGACUGCGUCGCAAGUCGCCUUCAUGACCGAGUUCUUGCUCGGCAUGAAGACUAUGUUUAAUCCGGAGUGGGAUGGUGCCGAUAAGGGGUGGCUUAACUUUGUCGUUUAUAUCGGUGUUGUCUUUGUGCUUACUCUCAUCAAUGUUGUGAGUUGUCGCAAGGAGAAGAUCCUGCCUUGGCUUAAUAAUUUUGUCGGAGUGUGGUUCUUCGGCUUGUUUAUUGUUCUUUCUUUGGCCCUUCUUAUCUGCGUCGGUACCAAGGAUGGUUUGUCUUUCCAGCCACCUUCUUUCGCCUUCGGAGCUUGGAAGAACGAGACUGGAUGGAGCGACGGCGUGGUCUGGUUUACCGGCUUGGUGCAGGCUGCGUAUGGAUUGACCGCGUUCGACUCGGUCAUCCAUAUGGUCGAGGAGAUUCCUGCACCACGGAAAAACGCACCCCGCGUCAUCUGGAUGGCCGUCCUCUUCGGCGCCGUGACUGGAUUCAUCUUCAUGGUGGUCUGUCUGUUCUGUAUCCAGGAUGUGGACAAGGUUGUCAACGCCGACCUGCCAUUCAUGGAGCUUAUGCUCGAAACAGUCGGUCUCAAGGGUGCAGCCGUCCUCAUUUCCCUCUUUAUUUUCAACGGACUAGGCCAGGGUAUUAGUGUCCUCACAACUGCCUCUCGUCUAUCCUGGGGGUUCGCCCGUGACGGCGGCGUCCCCUUCAGCAAGUACUUCAGUCACGUCGACCCAGUCUGGCAAGUUCCUGCCCGAGCCCUCUGGGGCCAAGGAGUCAUCAUCGGCCUCGUCGGCAUCCUCUACCUCUUCGCCAACACAGUUCUAGAAGCCAUUCUGAGUGUCAGUACUAUCGCCCUCACAGUCUCCUACGCAAUGCCUAUCCUCGCAUUGUUGGUAACCGGUCGCGAGAAGCUACCACCUGGCCCAUUCCAGCUCGGCCGCAUCGGCCCCCUGUUAAACUGGGUCAGCAUCAUCUACUGCGUUAUCACAACCAUCUUCUUCCUCUUCCCCGGUGCGCCCAACCCUGCACCUAGUGAUAUGAACUUCGCUAUUGCGGUCUUUGGAGUCAUGCUGGUCAUUGCCUUUGCGUUCUGGUUUAUAAAGGGUAGCAAGACUUACCUACAGACUGAGGAUUCUAUCGCUUCUAUGGUCUAUGCUCAUCACCUGGAGCUUAAUGAGCCUGGUGCGGAAGACCCGCCUGUUGUUCAGGCUCCCACUGUUGUUGAUCAGAAAUGA